CCCAACUUCUCUCUCACUCCUCUACAAGUUUGCCCUCUCUCCCCUCGUCCGCUUGCUCGCGUAGCCAGCCAAAUUCUCGCUAUGGCUCCGAAGAGCCAAGCCCUCCAAACGAACAUGGACGUCGACUACGUGAUCAGCUAUCGGUUCGCGAAGAAGGAUAAAAGCGUAGCGAUUUCAAAGUUCGAGGAAUUAGUCCAGGCCCUUGCGUCUGUAGGGUUCAAUACAGAGGUCCGCAAUGGAGACUUGCAGUCAGUCUUGCUCUUCGUAAGGGUUGCGUCAGAUGAGCAUUUGUUUGGUGAGGUGUACAGAUCAAGAGUCCGUGACUGGAUCCAUGGCGUUCGAGCCGCUGCACCCCCCAAGGAGACCCGCGAAGCUCUCGAAGCGGAGCCUUUGUACGAAGCUGAGAGACUCCGAAUCAUAUAUCAGUUGAUUACAAAUCCGGUAGAUGAAGGAGGAGCUGGUAUUACACCUGGUGAGGGAGAGUGGGAGAAUGUGGAGUCUAUCUUUGCGUUGCAUGAUCUUGCAUACAACAAAGAUUGGAUCAAGAAAUGGACUACAUCUUAUUUCUUGAAGACGGAGGAUCUGGAUGAUAUUCGGAACCGCUUGGGCGAGAAGAUUGCAUUCUACUUCGCCUUUACGCAAUCCUAUUUCACCUUCCUCAUCUUCCCAGCCGUCUUCGGCGCGUCGGCAUGGCUAUUUCUUGGCCACUUUUCACCCAUAUAUGGGAUUGUAAGUGCUGUCUGGUGUACUAUCUUCACGGAGUGGUGGAAGCAUCAAGAGGUGGACUUGGGCGUGCGUUGGGGCGUCCGAGGUGUAUCUCGGAUCGAAACUAAGAAGAGAGACUUCAAGCAUGAGAAGCAAAUCACCGACCCUGUUACGGGAGAAACGGUCUUGAUAUUCCCAUCUACCAAACGGCUGCAACGACAACUAUUGCAGAUUCCAUUUGCACUUACCGCAGCGGUGCUAUUGGGGGCUCUCAUUGCGACCUGCUUUAGCAUUGAAGUCUUCAUUUCUGAAGUAUACAGUGGGCCUUUCAAGAGCGUCUUGGUAUUCCUCCCCACUGGCAUCGCCACCACAGUCAUGCCAAUUCUCUCCAGCAUCCUCACGAACUUUGCAACACGUCUCACUAAAUACGAGAACUACCAGACCGAUGGAGCGUACGAGGCGGCACUCACCCAGAAGAUAUUUGUCCUGAACUUCAUCACUUCUUACCUACCGAUUUUCCUCACAGCAUUUGUUUACGUCCCCUUUGGCAACAUCAUAGUUCCAUACCUUGACGUCUUUAAUUUGACAGUCAAGCCAUUUGCCGACGACAAAAAGCAAAUACAGGCACCUCAAGCCGGGUUUACCAUUAAUCCCGAUAGGCUGAGGAAACAGGUUAUUUACUUCACGGUGACUGCACAGAUCGUAAACCUGGGCAUGGAGUUGGUAGUUCCCUACCUCAAACGUCGUGUCUUCUCUAGGUACAGGCAAAUGAAAGAAGACCGAGCUGUUAAGCGUAGCGGUACACCUCCACCGCCCUCUACUAAUCGUAGUGCUACACCUUCACCUCCCUCUCCCAACGAUCCACCCGAAGACGCUGCAUUCCUAAACCGCGUGCGAGAAGAAGCAGAACUAGAAGUCUACGAUGUAACCGCCGAUCUUCGGGAGAUGGUGGUCCAAUUUGGAUACCUCUCCUUAUUCUCAGUGGUCUGGCCACUGACACCUUUGUCAUUUUUAAUCAAUGACUGGGUCGAAUUACGAGCCGAUGCCAUCAAAAUCUGCGUGGAAAUGCAACGUCCGACUCCUUGCCGCGCUGACACUAUCGGUCCUUGGCUCGACUCUCUGAGUUUCUUGACCUGGUUAGGAAGUCUAACGACCUCAGCUCUAGUCUACCUCUUCUCGAACGACGGGCUCGGACCUGAUGGCCACCCUAGCAACAUCACAGGCUGGGCGCUCCUCCUCUCCGUUAUGCUUUCAGAGCACCUCUUCAUUCUCUUGCGCUGGGGUGUCCGGAUUGCAAUCUCGAAACUAGAUUCUCCUGGCUUGCAGAAAGAGCGGAGGGAGCGGUUUCUUGUGCGCAAGCAGUACUUCGAGGAAAGUCUUAGCCAGGUCGGUAGAUUGCCUAAGAUGGCGGAUCUGGGGGAGAAGAUUACGAGGGAAAGCUUGGAGGAGGAUGCGAGAAGGGCGAGUCUUAAGGCUAGUACGCCUGAAGAUAGGUUUUGGUCUAGGCAGAAGGGGUGGAGGGAGACGGUGGCAGUUGCGAAGGGGUUGAUUGAGAAAGCGGCUGUGGAGGGUAGUUCUGAGGGGAAGAAGGAGUUGUGAGAGGAGUGUGUGGGGAGAGGAGGCGCUGAUUGAACGAGAUUUGUGAUAGUGUAAUGGGAGUGCAUGGGGAUGAUGGGUGUAGCUUUAAGUUCACGACUGGCUUCAUGAGACAUGAACUUGGUAGCAUCUGCGAGCUCGAUAUUUUUGAGUCUUUGUCUACUUAGGGAAAGG